GGUGCCGGCGCAGCGCUCGCCGUUCGCCAUCCAGGAGCUGCUCGGUCUGAACCAGGAGCAGCGCGGCGCGUCGGCCGGCACCGUCAUGCCGCCGCACUCGGUGCCCUACAGUCGGCCGCCGCUCUUCGCGCAGCCCGGCUUCGACCAUUUGAACCAGAUGGCGACGUCGCGGAUGUACCAGGCGGCGGCGGCUGCGGCCGGCUUCCUGCCCGCCCAGCCGCCGCCCUUCGCCGGCUUCGACCACCUGCGGAGUAUGGAGCAGAACGCGGCACACGGUCUAGAAACGCAAAAUAACAUCCUAGAUCGCGGAUACCAGCAAGGAGGAGGCCUGAAUAAGAAGAAGAAGAAAAAGCGAAGGCACCGAACAAUUUUCACCAGCUACCAGGUGGAGGAGCUGGAGAAAGCGUUCAAGGAGGCCCACUAUCCAGACGUUUACGCCAGGGAGAUGCUCUCCUUGAAAACCGACCUGCCAGAGGAUCGAAUACAGGUAUGGUUCCAGAACCGGCGCGCCAAGUGGCGCAAGACGGAGAAGACGUGGGGCCGCUCCACCAUCAUGGCCGAGUACGGCCUGUACGGCGCCAUGGUGCGCCACUCGCUGCCGCUGCCAGAGACCAUCACCAAGUCGGUCAGCGAGGACAAGGACUGCCCGGCUCCUUGGCUGCUCGGCAUGCACCGUAAGUCGCUGGAGGCCGCCGAGCAGCUGAAGAACGUCGGAGACGACGAGACGAGCAGUCAGACGGGCAGCAGCGACGAGCAGCCGCACGCGCCGCCGCCCGACCACCUCCCGGACCAGCAGCACCACCAGCAGCACCAGCCGGACCAUCAGCAACACCACCCGGACCUCCAGCAGCACCAGCCGGACCAGCACCGGCAGCAACAGGAUCCCCACCAGCCGCAGGAGCAGCAGGAGCGGCCGCACGACUUCCGCAGCAGCAGCAUCGCGGCGCUGCGGGCACGCGCGCAGCAGCACAGCGCGCGCAUACUGAGCGACGCGGCGCAGAUGACGUCAGCCAUCCUGCAGCGC